AUGAAGAGCGUUCUAUCCUGCACUUCUGCCGUUGCUCUCUGGGGAGUUUUACUGGCCCCAGUACAAGCUGUUUCCUACACGACCUCUACAGUCACCGAAUGCUUCCCGAACGCUCCUGGGCUUCCGACUCCGGGCUUGGGACCCGCUCCGACUGGUCGUGAAUGCCGCAUGCCCAUCUCCAGAUGUGGUGCCUGCGACUGCAGCUCGUGCGCCCACACGACCACGUACACGACCAGCUUCCCGGCCUUCUGCGCGAGUGGCCUCACCGACGUUAUGUACACCGUCACGGAAGUUCGUUCGGGCAUGGCCAAGCCCCCCGUCAUCACCAGCCGCCCUAGUGUCCCAGAGGGCUUCACCGUCGCGGAGGAGACGUGCACCGUCUGCGGUGACGAGCCGAUCACCCGCACCAUGACAUGUCCUGUUGACGGGGCGCCUUAUGUGCCUGUCGAGACGGCCGUUGCAAAGCAUCUGGAGAGUGCGGCGGACCACAAAGACGAGACCGACACCUACGAGGCAAGACCUUCUGAUGUCUUAUUUGCCGCCGCCCCGGGUCAACUUGUGCGAGAUGCUGCACUGGCCAUUGUUGCCAUGCUGGCCGCGUUUUAG